GUGAGUACAUUGGCUUCUUCCAGGAUAGGCUUCGAAGAGCUUAGUCAAGUAGAUAAUAAUAAACCUAAAGAUGCGAAGCGGGGUAUUAUCAGUCUAGUUCUCACGCGAUCGACGGUAAAAUUGUCUUAGUCUAAAGUUUAAGAACGACGGUACGGGAUGCCUAGUCAUCACAACGACGAAACGGGGUUGCAAGUCCAGGGCUAAUGCAAGUAACUACCCCCAUGAUUCAAGACAUCAGUAGCAAUUGAUCUACUGGUCUGGAUGGAUCUGAAGAUCUACAUUUGGCGCGCAGCCCCGCGUCGUUGCAUCUCAGCUGUCAACCGAGGAUACUGCGGAUGGGGGGUCGUAUAAAGCGCAGAGUCGCUCGACUCAGAUGAAACAAACUCUCCUUCGACAACAAGGCCAAGAUCCAAGCAAACCCUAGCAAUCAUCAUGUCCGUUGAAGACUUUACGAACAAGACCUACGACUAUGUCAUUUGUGGGGGCGGAACAGCUGGCCUGGUCAUUGCUGCCCGACUCACCGAGGAUCCGAACGUGACUGUUGCUGUCUUGGAGGCUGGAGGAAACGGGUUGAAUGACCUCUUGAUCGAUGGUCCAAAUCUGUUUACACAACUGUGGGGAAAGCCGCAGUACGACUGGGAUUAUAAGACUAUACCCCAGGAAGGCACUGAUGGCAGAACUCAUGGAUGGAUUAGAGGUAAAGUUCUAGGUGGCAGCUCAGCUGUCAAUUUCAACAUGUUCAGCAUGGCGUCGAAGCAAGACUUGGAUAACUGGGCUGAGUUGGGAAACAAAGGCUGGGGUUUCGAUGAUAUGGUGCAAUACUACCGCAAGUUUGAAACCUAUCACCCCUCUUCGGAAACUUUGGCAGAGAAAAUCAACGACAAGUAUCUCGACAAGUCGCUUCGUGGCACAUCUGGCCCGAUUCACAUCUGCUUCCCAGACACCGACCUCGCUUGGGUCCAGGAUGUGUGGCCUAAAACUAUGAUGAACGCAGGGUACAAGCCGACAAGAGAUCCUCGCACUGGUUCAGCAAUCGGUGGAUUUAAUCAGCUGAACACCAUCGACCCUAAGCACAAUAGGAGGAGCUACGCCGCGAGAGAUUACUAUGAGCCCAACGCAGACAGGUCAAACCUGUCGGUCUUGACACACGCUUUGGUCUCCAAGAUUGAGUUAGAGAAGACCGGUAGCGAUGCGAGGGCCACGGGUGUCCAAUUCAUUGUCGAUGGCACGACUCAUACAGUCAAGGCUAACAAAGAAGUCAUUGUUUGUGGAGGAUCGAUCAACUCUCCUCAGAUUCUCGAAUUGUCUGGAAUUGGAUCACCUGUUGUGUUGGAGAAGGCUGGUGUAGAGGUCAUAGCCGAUCUUCCAUCUGUUGGGGAAAACUUGAAUGACCACACGGCGAGUAUCAUCGCAUUGGGCGUCAAGGACGAAUAUCCGACCGCAGAAGCUCUCACUCGGAACCCAGAGAUCAUGCAACAAGCUUUGGACGCUUACAUCAACCACAAAGCUGGUCCAUUUGUUGGCGCGCCCACCGCUACUGGAUUCGCCUCCUUGGAGAAAAUCCAGCCCGACUUCCCAGACGCGGAACAACACAUCCAAUCCCUCGUCGCAGAGCACGCAAAGAAGUAUCCAGAUGGGGACUUGGCGGGCCGUGACCAGCUGCUCGCCCGCCAGCUCCUGGAUCCGAAGGAAGCUGCCUGCCAGAUGGUGGCCCUACCUACGGGUGGUAACAUGGAGAACGUACAUAUACCAAGCAAGCUCUUCAAUUCCGAAGACGACGGUAUGUGGUGCAUCAUCGCCGCGUGUAGCACGCGAUCUCUAUCUCGCGGCUCAGUCCACAUCAAUACUACGGACCCAAACGCCCAUCCCACCAUCGACCCUGCCUACUUUAAACAUCCGCUCGACGCCGACAUAAUGGCUCGCGCUAUACUCCACGCUAUCAACUUCACGGAAUUUGAGCCUUUGAAGUCCGUGCUCCGUCGCGACGCCGACGGCGGCCUCGUGGUUUCUAAAAACUCCGGCGGUGUCCUGCCCAAGACCAUCGACGAAGCUAAGAAGUUUUUGCGCACGAAUACGGCCACAGAGUAUCACCCCAUCGGCACUUGCACGAUGCUGCCCAAGGACAAGGGCGGUGUGGUGGACAACCAGCUGAAGGUGUAUGGCACGAGCAAUGUGAGGGUUGUGGACGCGAGUAUCUUCCCGCUACAUGUACAGGGUAAUAUUGUGAGUCUUGUGUAUGCGAUUGCGGAGAAGGGGGCGGACAUGAUCAAGGGGAAGAAGGCUGCGUGAAGGCUUUGUUGGAAUGGAUAGUAUCAGGGCAAGACGUAUUCUGUAACUUCUAACGCUACGUCAAUUUGAUUAUGGAAAGUGCGUAUCAUGACGACGAAAGCUGAAACCUAGCAUGGAUCUGCUCGGAUUAGCAUCCUCCAAAUCAUUUGCAGAGAGCUCUCUAAGCUUUACAACUUCUUCUGCUCAUUCUCUAGACCCAAGCACGUACUCGUAUUCGAAGUGCGAGGAUCGAAAUGACCCUCGCCUCAAAUCCCCAUUUCCAGGACCAGCCUUCCACCAUCUCGCCCACACACGUGAAGUCACUCCUACUCCUUCUCCUCAAACGCCUCCCUCCCUUUCUCCAAGAAUUCCACCUCAUCAUCACCCUCCUCCACACCCGCCAACACAGCAGCCUUCCUCCAAGCUAACCCCUGAACCUCACUUUCGCUAAACAACUUGAUCGUAUUCCCAUACGCCGGAUUUUUCUUAGCA